UGAUCAUAGAAGUAGAAGAGAAGAGCUUCCUCUGCACCCCAACUCCCAUAAGCAGCCCACUUUAAUCCAACGGUGAGGACUUCACCAGCCCACCAAAAUCAAGUGAAGAGAUAACAGCUGUAGAUCUCUCUCUCUCUCUCUCUCUCUCUCUCCAGCUCUCCCUCACAGAGUCCCAGCAGCGACUCCUCCCUCUUCUCUCCCUUCCAGAAAAUUUAGUGAUAGCUCCGCCAACUGCUGAUCGGGAUGCCACUGUUGAAGACUUCUACUUUGUCUCCCUCCGUCUCCAUGAAUGCAUCGAUCUCCCCUCCUAUUUCCAUCCGGACCACCAAACUAUGACCUCUGGGAAGAAGAGCGAGGCAAAACUGUGAGAAGAGAACGCCUACUAGGUGUUUGACAGAAUGCCCUCCUAGUUUGCUAUAUAAAGUAUCGGGUAGUCGGCACUUAAAUCCUAGAGGUUCGUGAUGAGGAAAGUAACACAAACUUUUGACAAGGGUAAAUUGUGAGGCAAUGCCACCAGUAAGAGGCUUCUAUUUUCUUCACAAGAGACGAAAAGGAUUUGUGCCCCAAUCCCAAUUUGAACUGGCCAAUCAGGUUACAGUUGUGGGAUUACGAAAACCAAAAAUGCGUUCAGACACUGGAAAGUCUCACAGUAUGUUUUCACAAUACGGUUCCAUACGGAAAGGCCCCAGGAUAAUCAAUGGUUCUGUUGGGACUGUUCGGAUGCAAAACCUAUAUUGCUAUAUGUCAUAUAUAAAGCCUGGUUCUUUCUCUCAUUUUUGCCCUGGCCUGGUUCUGCUCGUGUUCUUCUCUGGGUUGGUUUGGAGGCUUGUUUCAUGUUUUGCUUCUUUUGACGCUCAGCCAGUGAACUGCCAGGGUAAUGGGAGGCCAGAUAGAGAAUAUGAAAAUUGGCGAUGGAAACCUUCCAAGUGUGACCUCCCAAGAUUUGAUGGUAAGAAAUUUCAGGAAUUGAUGAGAGGGAAGACAAUAGCUUUUAUUGGUGAUUCAGUUGCUCAGAACCAGAUGGAGUCACUAUUGUGCAUCCUUUGGCAGGCAAGUUGUAAAUCUUUCUAGAUUAGAAAACUAUGCAACAUUUUACCUAACUACAAAAUUUCUUUGAGCUUGCUAACAGGGCAGAAUACAAAUUGGUUGUUUCAGCAAGUCUUCCACGAAUCACUUAGGAACAUUUGUUCACUUAUGGAAAUUACUGAUUAGUUACUCAAGGAGUCGAACUUUUGGUUUGUUUGCUCAAUAAAAGUUUAAUUUACCAAAAAAAAAGGUAGUCGAACCUAUUGAUUCAAGUAC